AUUUCUCUUUCCCCAACCGAGGCUCAUAGAAGAGAGCGGGGAAGAAAUUGAGAUACUUAGAAAGGAAGAAACAGAAAUGGAUCCUCACUCUGAAGACGGAAAAUCGCCACAGAGCUACGCGCUGAGCGGCAAUAUCAUGCUCAGUGCUAUUGUGGUGCUCUUCACCGUAGUGCUCCUCAUCCUCUUUCUGCACCUCUGUGUCCGCUGGAAUGUCAUACGCAGAGCCUCACGUCAGGCUCGUCGCCGCCGGGGACUUGUCUUCGCUAGAGAGGGCCAGACCGCGCCUCCUUGCGCAGUUAAUCGAGGCCUCGACCCCUCAAUUCUCGGAUCCUUCCCCGUUCUGCUCUUUUCGGACUACGCGGGGGAAGGCCAGGAUGAUGAAUUGGCGGAAUGUGCCGUGUGCUUGAACAAGUUCAAAGAUGGGGAGAAGAUCCGAUGCCUUCCUCCGUGUAGUCACCGCUUCCACAUUGAUUGUAUCGAUAUGUGGUUCUAUUCACACUCCACCUGCCCGCUUUGCCGCGCAGCUGUCGAGGUGGUGAAGGAUGUCGUCACGACCACUUCCGGUGCAAGGCCGGCGGUUGAUACCGUCGAUGCAUUGGUGGAUUUGGACUUGAACGAACUGCGCUUGUCCUACGAGCGGGUGGAAGAGAUGGGUUCUUCCUCAUCGGAUUCCGGCUUCCUAGAAGUUAUGAUUGAUAUUCCAGCGAGUAGAGCUGAAAGUUCGAGCGGGCAAGAAGAGCAGAUAAGUUCAGGGCUCGAAUCGCCGGAUGUGCAGCCAUUGAAAUCUGCAGGCCGCAGGAUGGUGCUAAUCCGGUGGCUUCUGAUGCGCAAUCGGCGGUUCUAUUGGGGAGGUGGUUCGGGAUCGGAGGCGGAUCUAGAGCGCGGCGAUGGGGAAUCGCCACCGGUGACAACGGCUGCUGAUCCGACUCGUUAG